CCAAAAUCAAAAUCUACAAAAUUCUCCUCUCUCUUCUUUCCAAACCCUCUUCCUCUUAGAAAAAAAACACAAAAAUUAAAAACUCCCCCCUCAUCAUCUCAACGGAUAACCUCUUUUUUCUCUCCCCUUAUCAAUUCUUUCUCUUUUCUUGUUUCUGUCUUUGAGAGUUUCUUUCGAAGGCCAUCAAAACGACGUAAAAGAGUUUAACGAUUGUGUCAACAUUUACAUUUCCUUCCUCUUCUUAUUAUAAAGACGAACGGAAGCAAACAAUCCCGGAAGAUUUUUCUUUUGAAUCGUUUCGAUUGAGUUUCGGUUUCUUAGAUUUUCAUCUGCAAUCUCAAGAUCUUCUUACGGUCUCUGAUUACGAUCUCACUGUCUUUUCACGAGGUUUCAAAAUUUACACGACGACUUUCUAAAGUCACCUAAUUUGUUCGAUAAUACCACGACCGAAUCACGAAGAAACCUCUUCAAUCGAUACAUCAACAUCACGAAUAUCAAAGUACCAUCUCCUAGAUUCUAUUCAAUAUGGCGGAUCAACUUAACAUGAAUGGUCUCAACCUUAAUGGUGGUGAACCACGCUCAUAUAUUCCUCCCCACAUGCGAGGCAAGAUGGGUGGCCCUGCUCCAGCCGGUCCACCAGCAAACUUGAAUGGCAGUGCUUGGGCUCCCCAAGGGUGAGUUAUUGAACCUUCACCAGCAUGCCUUUGAGAUGAUCGAUAUACUAACCCCUUUUUUCUUUUAGCAACGGAUACGCUAAUGGUCCACGUCCAGCUGGAGGCGAUUCUUGGGCUAACGCUCCCGACUUCACCCCACGCGGAAAUGGUGCUCCACGAGGUGGGAAUAACUGGAACCCAUCUGGUCCUCCAUCCUUCAACAAGAACGCAUAUGGUAACCCUGCGGCAGGAGCUGGUGGGCCUGGUGGCGCUGGCGGAGCUGGUGGUGGCGGUGGUGGUGCUGGCCAAGCUCGUGGUGGUGGAGAUGGACAAUGGCGAGAUGGAAAACACGUUGCUGGUCCUGCAAACGCUCGUUUAGAACGUGAGCUCUUCGGUGUUGCAGAUGAUCCAACCAAGCAACAAACCGGUAUCAACUUUGAAAAGUACGAUGACAUCCCAGUUGAAGCAUCUGGUCAAGAUGUUCCUGAGCCAGUUCUCAAAUUCACCAACCCUCCACUCGAUGACCAUCUCAUCAAGAACAUCGAGUUGGCACAUUACAAGGUCCCAACUCCGGUUCAGAAAUACUCUAUUCCAAUCGUUAUGGGUGGUCGUGAUUUGAUGGCUUGUGCCCAAACUGGUUCAGGAAAGACUGGUGGUUUUUUGUUCCCCAUCUUGUCUCAAGCUUUCCAAACUGGUCCAUCUCCUAUUCCAGGCAAUGCCGCAGGAAGCUUUGGACGCACUCGAAAGGCAUACCCAACCUCUUUGAUCCUCGCUCCCACUCGUGAGCUUGUUUCCCAAAUUUACGAUGAAUCACGCAAAUUCGCCUACAGAUCUUGGGUUCGCCCUUGUGUUGUUUAUGGUGGUGCUGAUAUUGGUUCCCAACUCCGUCAAAUGGAACGCGGUUGUGAUCUCCUCGUUGCUACCCCAGGUCGUCUUGUCGAUUUGAUUGAGCGUGGCCGUAUCUCCCUCCAAAACAUCAAGUACUUGGUUCUCGAUGAGGCUGAUCGUAUGCUGGACAUGGGUUUUGAACCACAGAUUCGACGAAUUGUUGAGGGUGAAGAUAUGCCAGGUGUCCAAAACCGUCAAACUCUCAUGUUUUCAGCCACUUUCCCCCGCGAUAUUCAAAUGCUCGCUCGUGAUUUCUUGAAGGAUUACGUUUUCUUGUCUGUUGGUCGUGUUGGUUCUACCUCUGAGAACAUCACCCAGAAGGUUGAAUACGUUGAGGACAUUGAUAAACGUUCUGUUCUUUUGGACAUUCUCCACACUCACGGUGCUGGUCUUACACUCAUCUUCGUUGAAACUAAGCGCAUGGCCGAUUCCUUGUCAGACUUCUUGAUCAACCAAAACUUCCCUGCCACCUCCAUUCACGGUGAUCGUACUCAACGUGAACGUGAACGUGCUCUUGAGAUGUUCAGAAACGGUCGAUGCCCAAUCCUCGUUGCAACCGCUGUUGCAGCUAGAGGUUUGGAUAUCCCUAACGUAACUCACGUUGUCAACUACGAUCUUCCUACCGAUAUUGAUGACUACGUUCAUCGUAUUGGUCGUACGGGUCGUGCUGGUAACACUGGUAUCUCCACCGCAUUCUUCAACCGUGGAAACCGUGGUGUCGUCCGUGAUCUCCUUGAACUUUUGAAGGAAGCCAACCAAGAGGUUCCAGCUUUCCUCGAGAACAUUGCUCGUGAAGGUGCUGGUUUCGGUGGUGGUCGAGGAGGUCGAUCAGGCGGUCGUGGACGCGGUGGUGGUGCAAACCGUGAUUUCCGUAAGUUUGGUGGAGGAGGAGGUGGCGGUUUCAAUGGAGGUGGUGGCUUCGGUGGACCUCCAGCCUCUGGUGGAUAUGGCGGUGGUGGUGGAUUUGGCGGCCCACCUGCUCCAGCUAGCUACGGACCUCCACCAGGGCAAUAUGGUGGUGGUGGUGGUUACGGUGGUGGCGGUGGAGCCUAUGGCAAUCCAGUAAGUUAAACCCUUUGUAAUUUCUUUAUUUACAGCUCCCUACGACAAAUUACUAACUCUCGCUUCUUAGUCUGCUGGUGGUGGCCAGAGUUGGUGGUAAACAUCACUGAAAACGCUUCUCGUCCCUUUUUCGAAUUCUCAUUUCGAUUCCGGUACUCUCUAGAUCUUGGACAGAGGCAUCAUACGGAUAUUAAUGGUCUUUGUACCUCUCAUUGAUAUCAACACAUUUUCUUUUUUUUUCUUUCGACUUUUCGACUUUUCCUUACAGCUCAGCUUCAGAUUUGCUCUGCAUCGAAUUAUUCUGCGCUUUUUCGAUUUUCCGGUGGCGGUAUCCACGAUUGAAGUCUUCUUUUGCAUUAAGCGAUAGAGCCGACUUUACACGUGGUCUCAACCAUUGAUCGGCAUACGAUAGAACCUGUCUUUUGUUUAUGAUUGUCUGUCGCCUCGUCUCGAUACCCAUUUUAGAUUAAAGGCGACUAGGCAGAUUCCAUGAGACGUCAACCACUUACGGCGUACCGGUCAUGAUGCUUUUUUUUUUACCUGGAAAAGUGGGGUGUAAAUGCUUUUACCUGGGUUUUUCAAAGAACGCAUUAUGACGGUUAUGUUCUCCAAAAACUUUCUGAUCCAUUUCGACGGGUCAUAAAAAUCCUCCGCCAUGGAAGAUCUUGCAAAUAUCUUCGUUGUCUUUACUUUGCAUUUUGCUGCGUUUCUAGAUAGAUAAAAGUGGGAUUCAUAUUCUCGACCUUCUUAAUGUGUUUUUUUCACACAAUGACACAUGGCAUGGAAGGAUAUCAUUUUGAGAGCUUGAAUUGAAGGCUUUACUCUUUACUUUUUCAUUUUUCCCAUCAUCUGCGAGUGAGCGUCUUUUACGAUCGAUUCGAUAUACGACAGUGGCACAACGUAGAAUAGGCAUUUCUCUUUAAAGGAAGAGUUGGUGCUUGUUCUCAAUAACGCUGAUGGCAUUCGGAAGUGCUCCUGUCCAUUCAGGCUGAGACUGAGACCCAAAAGUUGGCAUUUAAGCUGACAGGCAGGCAGAAAGAAGUCUGCUUUACAUGAUUGAUGGAGGAAGAAAUAUGGGAUGGGAUGGAUGGUCAAAUUACUUUGAAUCAAAUAAAGUCUUUCC